UCUCUCUCCUUCCUAUAAAGUAUAAAGUGAAGCCACACGCGUCGUAACAUACAUGCAAGAUGGACCAAGUGGAAAUAUCACUCCACGGCUACGCCACCCUCAUCGUCCUCUCCGCCACCCUCCUCCUCCUCGUUAUACGCGGCCGCCGCCGCCGCCCCUCCUCUCCUCCAGGCCCACUCGCCCUCCCCAUCAUCGGACACCUCCACCUCCUCGGGCCACGCCUCCACCAAACCUUCCACGAUCUGUCCCUCCGGCACGGCCCGAUCCUCCACCUCCGCCUGGGCUCCGUCCCCUGCGCCGUCGUCUCCUCCGCCGACCUCGCCAGAGAAUCCCUCAAAACCCACGACCUCGUCUUCUCCUCCCGCCAAAACUCCACCGCCAUCGACAUCAUCACCUACGGCUACGGCUCCUCCUUCGCCUUCAGCCCCAACGGCCCCUACUGGCGGUACAUCAAGAAACUCUGCACCACCGAGCUCCUCGGCCCCAGAAACCUCCGCCACUUUCAGCUCGUCCGUACAUCGGAGGUCAAGAACUUCCUCGAAAUCCUCAUGCAGAAGGGCAAAUCCGGCGAGACUGUGAACCUCACCGAAGAGCUGCUGAAGCUGACGAGCAACGUGAUUUCUGUGAUGAUGCUGGGAAUCAGGUCGUCGGAGACGGAGGGGGAGGCGGCGGAGGGGGCGCGGACGGUGUUCCGGGAGGUGACGCAGAUAUUCGGGGAGUUUAAUGUUUCGGAUAUUGUAUGGUUCUGCAGGAGGUUCGAUUUGCAGGGGAUAAAGAAGAGGGCCCUCGAUAUUCACCGGAGGUAUGAUGCUUUCUUGGAGAAGAUUAUCUCCGACCGGGAGGAGCUGCGGCGGAGCCGCGGCGGCGGGGUAGAGGAGGCCAAUGAUUUUCUUGAUUUGUUCUUGGAUAUUAUGGAGAGUGGUAAACCGGAGGUCGAGUUCACCAGGAAACAUCUCAAAGCUUUGAUUUUGGAUUUCUUUACUGCGGGCACCGACACAACAUCGAUCGCCACGGAAUGGGCAAUCGCGGAGCUAAUCAACAACCCUAGAAUACUAAAGAAAGCCCAACAAGAGAUAGACGAAGUCGUAGGUUCGGACAGAUUGGUGGAGGAAUCGGAUGCGCCCAAUCUCCCUUACCUCAUGGCGAUCAUCAAGGAGACUUUCCGCCUCCACCCUCCGAUUCCAAUGAUCACGAGAAUAUCAUCGUCCGAUUGCACGAUCAACGGCUACAAAGUCUCCGCCAAAACCCUAUUGUUCGUCAACAACUGGUCGAUGGGGCGGAACCCUGAGUACUGGAAAACACCGUUGGAGUUUCUGCCCGAACGGUUUUUGGAGGAAGAAAAUGCCUCGGUUGAUGUUAAGGGGCAGCAUUUCGAGCUGCUGCCCUUUGGCUCGGGCAGGAGGGGCUGCCCGGGCAUGAUGUUAGCCUUGCAGGAGCUGGUGCUUGUAAUCGGGACCAUGAUUCAGUGCUUUGAUUGGAAACUGCCCGACGGUGUUGGUUGCAGGCGGGUCGACAUGACGGAACGACCCGGAUUGGCCGCCCCGCGGGCUAACGAAUUGAUCUGUUGCGUGGUCCCGCGGGUCGACCCGGUUGUUGUUUUCGGGCAUUGAUGUAUCAUAAUUCAUAUAUCCCCAAUUAUGUUAUAUCACUUAUUAAGUUAUUUAUAUGCUUUUUUUUAAAUUUGUGCUAUAAAAGUUAAUUAAUCUGUGAUUCUCUUUUCUAUGAAUUUUGUGAGUGAAUAAAAUUUGGGGGGAAA